UAGAUUCAGUGUAAAAUGUGAACCCUAAAUUAUACUCUAUGUCGCUAUCGAAAUCGAUAUCGAAAUGGUCACCACAUGUGUCAUCUCAAUCUGAGCGUCGUCGUAAAACCUGUGUAUGUGUGUGUGCAAAAGUGCAGAGCUGUGCUCCCGCUAAAACGCUUGGCUAACUUUUGGUAGUUGGUGCAGAAGAGGUGAGAGGCAAGUGGACGAUAGCUAUAACGAUAACGGAUAAGAGAUUUGCGCUUUCAAGCUUAAGCUACCAAUACCGAUUAGGGAUAGCAUUCCGUAAUGUCUGAUCUCGGAAGUGGAGACGAAGGUAUCUCAGGAUCAAAAUACAAUGCGAGCAAUAUGGAAGGUUCUUUGAGCAGGAACGAUUUUGAGUCAUCUGGCAAAGCUGGCAGUGCAGUUGAACAGGAAUUGGCUACAAAAAUGCUUCAAAUUCAGUCAAAACGAUUUUACUUGGAUGUUAAGCAAAAUCGCCGUGGAAGAUUCAUUAAAGUGGCCGAGAUUGGAGCUGAUGGCAGAAGAAGUCAAAUAUACUUGGCACUAUCGACAGCUGCUGAGUUUCGCGAUCAUCUAUCGGCAUUCAGUGACUAUUAUGCUUCUUUAGCUGGUCAAAAUGCAGGGCCACCAAAUACUGAUAAUUUGCCAGAGGAUGGUAAAUUAAAGUCCGAGAUGAUGAUCAAGGAUAAUCGAAGAUACUAUUUGGACUUGAAGGAGAAUGCUCGUGGAAGAUUUCUUCGUGUAUCACAAACAAUCACAAGAGGUGGCCCAAGAUCUCAAAUUGCAUUACCAGCUCAAGGAAUGAUUGAAUUUCGCGACGCGCUGACAGAUUUAUUGGAAGAAUUCGGAGCCAAUGACGGGGGUUUUAAAGGCGAUUUACCCGAAGAACGUCAUAUGAAGGUGGAUAAUAAAAACUUUUAUUUCGAUAUUGGUCAAAAUAAUCGUGGUGUUUAUAUGCGAAUAAGUGAGGUUAAAAAUAACUUUCGCACUUCAAUAACUAUUCCGGAGAAGUGCUGGAUACGAUUUCGUGAUAUUUUUAACGAUUAUUGCGACAAAAUGAAAAAAUCGUCCGAUUCAAUCACUGCCGAUAAUAAUCUACCGACAACAACAAAUAGUCUUAAAUAAUUGGCAAGAAUAACAUAGUUAACAGCUGGCUAUCAAAGAUGCAAUGAACAAAAAAACAAAUUCAAAAAGCGGUUUUCAAUUUUCAAAUUGAACAACUGAGCUAAUUGUAUAAGGGAUGAGUGCUUUAAAUUAUUGAUUUUAGCUCUGAGUCCAAAUCUAUGUAUUGUAUGACGGUUUGUAAAUAUUAUGUCUAACUGCUUAUAAGAUUGCAUAUGUGAUGAUUUUAAUUUUUCGAUUUAUUUUCUUUUUUUUACUUCACAUUACUUAUUUUCUUCGAUAUGGCAUCGUGGUGUUAUGAGAGCGUUUACUAAAAAGGCUUUUAAAUUCAUUUGAUUUAUCUAGCAUUUAGCAAAUUCAAGCGUACAUACAUAAAUAGAUGUGUAUGUAUUUUAGUAAACUUUAAAUUAAUUGUUUGCAUAAUAUAAUUAAUUGAAUAUACUUAAUCGUUAUAGCAUUACAAUCACAUAAAUCAACAAACACACACAAAUACAUAUACAAAUAAUUAAGAUGCACGAAAGCGAUGAUUAAUUGUUUUCGAUUGUUUUUAAAUAAAUGAAUUAAAUUGAGGUGUUGCAACAGUUUGAGAAUAUGUAUGUAUAUAAUAUUUAUAAAUGUAAACCACUUUGUGUCCCGCUUUUCACACAGUUGACAAAUUGUUAUUUCAGUGGCAUUAAAAGUUGAAUAUGCAAUAUGUGGAUAGACAAGUUAGU